AUGCGGGGUGCCUCCAGGCUGAGCCCGGCUACCCCCUCUCCGCAGCUGCUGCGCGGCCUCUGCGCCUGGCUGGACAGGCUCCCGCUCAGCCGCCCUAAGCGGCAUCUGGCCCGGGAUUUCAGCGAUGGCGUGCUGGUGGCAGAGAUCGUGAAGCACUUUCACCCACGCCUCGUGGACCUGCACAGCUACAUCCCUGCCUGCAACACGGACCAGAAGCUCAGUAACUGGAGCCUUCUCAACAGGAAAGUCUUCCACAAGCUGCACUUCUGUGUCUCAGAGGCAGAUAUCCACAAGGUGGUGGCCAGUGUGCCUGGGGCCAUCGAGCCCAUCCUUUGUGCACUGAGGGAGAAGGUGGAGGCUGGCACUGCUCCUGCAGGCUCUCCCGGCAUAGCAGAUCCAGGACUCUCCAGUGGGAAUGCUGACCAAGCGUGGGUGGAGCUGCCCACCCACACGCAUACGCAUAUGCAUACGGGCCUACCAGGUUCACCAGAUCCCUCCGCUGUGAAGACUCUUCAGAACCAGAGAGCUCUGGAGAAGACAGACUGCUCUGCCUGUGGAUGUAGAGACCCAGUGAAUGAGGCCUGGGAGCGCCUAGCCAGCAUCCAGCAGCUGCUGGAGGACAAGGAGCAGGCACUAGUCAUUCUGCAGCAGACAGUCCAGGUUUUGCAGAUGAAGGUGGUGAGGCUGGAGAACCUGGUACAGCUGAAGGACCGGUGGAUUGAGGAGCUGAUGAGACCUGGGCCUGAGGAGGGCCAGGGGCCCCUAGGGGGUGCCCACCUUGAGUCAGCCAAACCCCAAUCUUGAACCUGCCUGGAGCCUCCACCAGCCAGGGCUUCUUCCACACCAUCCUGCACUAUCCUGUCCAGAGGUUUAGUGGGAGCACAGUGGUGGUUGGGGUGCUCUGGAGGUACUUGUCACAGAAGUUCCUGCUGACUGUUACUGCAGAGUCAUGCUACCAUGGAAAUCAGUUUAAAUAGAGAUUGAAUGUUUCUCCCACCCUGGAUGGGUCAUCGGCUACAUUUGUGAGCACUUGAGGCCUCAGUGUGUGCAGUCCUGGGACUUGGGGCCACACUAUUUAGUGUAGGCUGGUCCACUGUGGUUAUCCAUGUGGCUCUGGAAUGACAGCCACCCUAGAAUCUGAAGAAGAUGCCCCUGACACAAGCCACAGGCGAGUUAUGUCUGCCUGUGCGUGCUGAGCUGCUCUGCUGAAAGGAUGUGAGGGCAGAGAAGGACCAGCAGGGUGUCCCGCCCUACCUCACAGUCACCAGCUUGCCCUGGAGGUUUGGGGGCAAAAUUGAGGCACAGCUGGGCCUGGGCUUAGCUGGCUGCUGCAAGCCUGAUUCCCCUUGGGCCUGGAACCUGGCUGCUGUCUUCUUGUGU